UGGACUUGUGCUAUCCAGUGAGCCGCUAAACCCAAUAAAAAAAAAAAAAGAGAAAAGCUAGUCAUUGCAAAAUCCCCUAAUCUUCUCCUGUUCUUUGGUCGGCAAUUGUAGAAGUCAGAGAAAUGGCGCUGAAGCUACCAAUAUCUCGCUGUUACAGUUUCAGCAAUAGCUUCUUUUUCUCCUGCAAAUUACCAUACACUAGUCCAAAGCUCUCUGCGACAUCGUUGAAGUUCAAAAUCAGCAAUUAUCUUUCUGUAAGAGCCUUUGCUUCCGUGACUGAAGAGAAGGGUCAACCAAAGAAAAAGAAAAGGAGACUGGAUGAAUUGUGUUUGGAGAGGUUUCAGCAAUACAGCCGGACAUUUAUACAGUCAUGGAUCCUUCAAGGCAAAGUGUUUGUAGAUGGAAAAGUUGUUACCAAAGCAGGGACUCAAAUCCCUGAUAAAGCUGUUGUGGAGAUCAUGGCCGAAAUUCCAAAAUACGUAUGCAGAGGAGGACAUAAACUGGAGGCUGCAAUUGAAAACCUGGGGAUUGAUGUCACAGGAAAAGUAGCUCUUGAUUCAGGAUUGUCUACUGGAGGAUUUACUGAUUGUUUGCUUCAGUAUGGAGCUUCAUUUGUCUAUGGAGUUGAUGUAGGAUAUGGACAGGUGGCAGAUAAAAUUCGUCGAGAUGAGCGUGUAAGCGUUAUCGAGCGUACAAACUUGAGAUACCUUUCUGAACUCCCACAAAAGGUUGACUUAGUAACUUUGGACCUCUCCUUUAUUUCGAUACUUCUGGUGAUGCCUGCAGUUGUCAAUUUGAUGAAGGAGGAAGCUACUUUAGUGACUCUGAUUAAACCUCAGUUUGAGGCUCGGAGAUCCCAAACUUUUAUAAACAUGUUAGGUUGGAGGAGGUGGAAUUGUAAGGGAUCCCUUGGUCCAUCAAGAGGUGAUUGAGAGGAUCAUAAAUGGGGUACAAAACCAUGGAUUUCAAUGCGAAGGUUGGGUUGAAUCUCCUUUGAAGGGAGCUGAAGGAAAUAAAGAAUUUCUAGCUUGCUUCAAUCGAACAGUCAUCAGUGAGGGAGUUGAGAACAGCAAGUCUAGCUAACAUUUGGAAUCAACCAUGUAUGAACAGUCAUCAGUAAGAGAAGUUGAGAAACAGUAAGCCUAUGUAACAUUUGGGAUAAAACAUGUAUUGUACGGACAUGCUGGAUAACUCCCAAAAGUAUUAAAGAGCACAACUUCUAGAGGUGCUUGGAGUCCAAUCAGUGACGUGGAUUCAUAAUUUUGAAGUUGGAUGGCUAGAUAGUUUAUGAUGGAGGGCCUUUUGAGUGUAGUCCGUUCUUAUCUGACUAUAAACAAUGAACAUGAUGCAGUUUUAGCAAUGACCAGCAUGACUACACUUGCAGAGACAAUCGGUUAAAACCAAAUAUUCAUUUGCUGUUCUCCUGAAUUGCGCAGUUUUGAGUCUACUAAACUCUUGGUCUAGGUGAAAGGUACGAGGACAGAGUAGGAUGGG